AUGCACGCCUCCCACAAGGCUCUCCUGGUGUCCGCCCUGCUGAGGCGCGGGGCCCGCGGCUGCCCCGCCGAUCACGCUGCCUUCCGAUCGGACCCCGGCGUCGCAUCCUGCGUUGACGACCCACUGUGGGUUCGCAUGUGCGGGGCCGGCCACAAUUCGGACACUGCACGGAGCCGAUCAACGAUCGGGGCGCCCACUUUUGGCGCAAGGCGCGGGGAGUGUAGAGCCAGGGGGACCGACCUGGCGACCUACUGCUCCGCGGAGGGCGGGAACGGCGCCUGGGGACUGGACGGGAUGCGGUUCUCGGCCGGGGCUGGGCCCCCGCCCGUUGACGAGCUGUCGGUGACGAGUGCGCCCCCGCCGCCCGCUCUGUCCGAGUACCAGCCCGCCUGGACGGACCCCCGGUGGGCCAGCCCGCUGAGCGUCAAGCGCCGCAUCUUCUGCAACCGCUCGCUGAACAUGGACUCCGUCAUCGCCGUGGGGUUCGACAUGGACUAUACCCUGGCACAAUACCGGUCGGAGACCUUCGAGACGCUGGCGCACAGCCGCACGGUUGAGAAGCUCGUGGCCGCGUUCGGGUACCCACCCGAAAUCCGGGAGUUCAAGUUCGACUGGCGGUACAUGAUGCGCGGACUGAUCAUAGACAAAAAGCGCGGGAACGUGGUGAAGGUGGACAGGCACAAGUACGUGAAGAUUGCGUACCACGGCUUUCGGGCAUUGAACCGCGAGGAGCGCGUGUCCGCGUACUCGAGGUCGGAGGUGCGGGAGUCGUUCGACGAGCCGGACUACGCGAUGAUCGACACGCUGUUCUCCCUAGCGGAGGCGCACCUGUUCAUGAACCUGGUGGUGCUGAAGGACGCGCACUCGGAGGCCCUGCCCGGAAAGGAUUACGCGCAGAUCUACAGGGAUGUGCGCCAGGCAGUGGACCUGUGUCACAGGGACGGCAGCCUGAAACGAGCCGUGGCAGCGGACCCAGCCAAGUACAUCCACUCAGAUGAUUGCCUGGUGGAUGUGCUGAACACGCUGAGGCUGAAUGGCAAGAAAACCUUCCUGGCCACGAACUCGCUGUGGGACUACACCAAUGUCGUCAUGAAUUUCCUGCUCAGCAACAGGAAGGGCAGCGAGAAGAAUUUGGACUGGCUGCAGUACUUCGACGCUGUAAUGACAGGCUGCGCCAAGCCAGCCUUCUUCAGUGCCAGCAAGCCACUCUUUGUGGUGGACCCGCACACAGGGAUGCUGGGCAACACAGACAACGGAGCGCCUAUCAUACCGAUUGGCGAGGACGACCUACCUAGCCUCAGAAUGUCCUCCACCGCGCCCCACCUUGGAAACGAUGGCCAGAAGGCCAAAACCUUCCAGGGUGGCACAUAUGUGGACCUGCACAAAAUGCUGGGUGUGGACUCGGGAUCGGAUGUGUUGUACGUGGGGGAUCACAUCUAUGGGGACAUCUUACGGAGCAAGAAAAGUCUGGGUUGGAGGACAAUGCUUGUGGUGCCUGAGCUUGAGGCAGAGCUAGACAUACUCUCAAGGCAUUCCGGCAUCCAGGAUGAGCUACAGAGCUUAAGAGACCAACGCGAUGCCUUGGAAGAUCAGAUACAUCGACUGGAGUGGAGUGUCAGGCACAGGUCUCCAGCUUCAUCAGGGGAUGAUUCCCAGAGUGCCAAGGUUGCAAAGAUGCUGGAGGAACUGGUGCGCCAGAGGGAGGACAUUCGUCUGAAGCACAAGUCCCUCCUUCGAGACCACCACAGGGCCUUUCACCCUGUGUGGGGUCGCCUCCUGAAAACUGGCUAUGUGAAUUCCCGCUUGGCCCACCAAAUCGAGAGGUUUGCUUGCCUGUACACCAGCCACAUCGCCAACCUGACCUUCUACUCACCUAGAAAGAACUACCGUGGCAGGGUGGACCGCAUGGCCCAUGAGGAAGACCUGUGCCUUGGGCUGAUUGACGAAGAUGAUAUUGUGCAAGGUUGCGGGAUCUUUGAGGACUCAAUGCUUCGCGAAAGCGAUCAAGGCGGUGCUGGGAACAGGUGA